GCCGGAUCCGAGAAGUGCCGGUUGGAGCCGGUACUUCGCGCUGCGCUGCCGGCUCCCUCGCGAAAGGAGCGCGCGGGCGGGCUGGUCACGCCAGGCCAGGCGGGAGGAGAGGCGGCGUGGUGCGGCCAGGCCAGGCUCAAGUAACUUCACACACUUGGGCAGACCUCGCUGGUGUGAUUCAUUAUCAAGUGGCGUACAGGAGUGUAUUGUAACCAUCCUGUCCUCCUUCAGCUGCUUUCCCUUGAGUGGGCCUGAAUGAAGACAAAUGUAAAGAUGGCAUGUCCAAGGAAUUUUAAAAGGUGUAGACCUCCUGACUGAGCAGCACUGUGUAUUUUGUACUCUUUUAAAAACUGCUGUUCUCUCACAGGUGAAAGUCAUGAUCACGCUAACAGAACUCAAAUACUUAGCAGAUGCCCAGUCAUCCUACCACAUACUAAAGCCAUGGUGGGAUGUCUUCUGGUAUUACCUCACCAUGAUAAUGCUGCUAGUUGCUGUGCUUGCUGGGGCUCUCCAGCUUACUCAAACCAGAGUAUUGUGUUGUCUUCCUUGCAAGCUAGAAUUUGACAAUCAUUGUGCCGUGCCUUGGGAUUUAGUUAAAGCCAACCUUAACAUGUCAGCUAGUUCUACAGCACAGAUAAUCAUCCCGCUUAAAAUCCAGAAUGAUCUCCAUCGGCAGCAAUAUUCCUAUAUUGAUGCAGUAUGUUACGAAAGACAGCUUCACUGGUUUGCCAAAUUUUUUCCAUACCUAGUGCUUCUGCAUACCUUUAUUUUUGCAGCUUGCAGUAAUUUCUGGCUUUACUACCCUAGUACAAGUUCCAGGCUUGAGCACUUUGUAGCCAUUCUUCAGAAGUGUUUCGAUUCUCCAUGGACAACCCGUGCCCUCUCAGAAACAGUUGCCGAGCAGUCCGUGAGGAAGUUGCCAAUAGCCAAAUCAAAAGCAGUCAUUUCAUCACCUGGGAGUUCAGUAGAUAUAGGGGCCAGCAGACAGUCCCUGCCAUAUUCGCAACCUGGCUUGGAAACAACUGGAAGAGAAAAUUCCUCAAGUGUUCUUGACAAAAAAGAAGGGGAACAAGCUAAAGCUAUAUUUGAAAAAGUGAAGAAAUUCAGAGUACAUGUUGAAGAGAAGGAUGUCAUAUAUACAGUGUAUAUGAAACAAAUUAUAGUAAAAGUCAUUGUAUUUGUAAUAAUAAUUAUUUAUGUCCCCUACUAUUUAUCAUUUAUUACACUUGAAAUUGAUUGUGUAGUUAAUGUUCAAGCCUUUACAGGCUAUAAAAGGUACCAGUGUGUUUAUUCGCUAGCAGAAAUUUUUAAAGUUUUGGCUUCAUUUUAUGUUGUUUUAGUGAUCUUCUAUGGCUUAACUUGUACUUAUAGUUUGUGGUGGAUGUUGAGAAGUUCACUUAAGCAAUAUUCUUUUGAGAAGCUGAGAGAGAAAAGUAAUUACAGUGAUAUACCUGAUGUAAAGAAUGACUUUGCAUUUAUUCUCCACUUAGCAGAUCAGUACGAUCCUCUUUAUUCCCAGCGAUUCUCAAUAUUCCUGUCUGAUUUGAGUGAAAACAAACUGAAACAGAUAAAUCUUAACAAUGAAUGGUCAGUGGAAAAACUGAAAAAUAAACUAGUACGCAAUUCCCAAGACAAGAUUGAACUUCACCUUUUCAUGUUAAAUGGUCUUCCAGACAGUGUCUUUGAACUGACAGAAAUAGAAGUUCUAAGCCUGGAACUUAUUCCUGAAGCCAAACUUCCUUCAGCUGUGACCCAGCUAGUCAAUCUCAAAGAACUCAAUGUUUAUCAUUCAUCACUAACUAUGGAUUAUCCAGCAGUUGGCUUUUUAGAAGAAAAUCUAAAAACAUUGCGCCUGAAAUCUAGUGAGAUGGGAAGAAUUCCAUUUUGGGUCUUUCAUCUGAAAAACCUACAAGAAUUGUGCUUAACAGGAUAUUUCAUGCUAGAUCAUCACAACUCUAUAUACAACGAAAGCUUUCAGGGGCUAAAAAAUCUGAGAUCAAUUCACUUAAAAAACAACCUUUCCCGUAUACCUCAAGUGGUUACAGAUCUUCUGCCUUCUUUACAACACUUGUCUAUCAACAAUGAGGGAAACAAACUGAUAGUGCUAAAUAACCUGAAGAAGCUGGUAAACCUGAGAACCUUGGAAUUAAUCUGCUGUGAUUUAGAGCGCAUUCCCCAUUCCAUUUUUACCCUAAACAAUUUGCAUGCAAUUGACUUAAAAGAGAAUAAUCUCAGAACAGUGGAAGAAAUAAUUAGUUUUCAACAUCUUAAGAACCUUUCUUGCUUAAAAUUGUGGCACAACAGUAUUUCCUAUGUCCCAGUGCAGAUUGGUGCAUUAUCAAACCUGGAACAAUUGUAUCUAAACUAUAAUAAUAUUAAAAAUGUUCCAUUGCAGCUAUUUCUUUGUAAAAAAUUACACUAUUUGGAUCUUAGCUAUAAUAAGCUAACCUCCAUCCCUGAAGAAAUCAGUUAUCUGACCAAUCUGCAGUACUUGGCUUUGACAAAAAACCAUAUUGAAAUGCUGCCUGAUGGAUUAUUUCAGUGCAAAAAGCUGCAAUUUCUUCUUCUGGGAAAUAACAGCCUGAUGAAUUUGUCCCCUUGUGUGGGUCAGCUACUGAAUCUUGUUCAAUUAGAGCUUGUUGGAAACUAUCUUGAAUCACUUCCUGCUGAACUGGAAGAAUGUCAGUUCUUAAGGCGGAAUAGUCUAAUUGUAGAAGAAAGGUUGUUAAAAACACUUCCACCUCGUGUAAGAGAGCGUUUGCAGGCAUGCUCAGAUAAGUGCUAAGUUUACAAUUAAACUCUACAUCAUUGCAUUCUAUAAGCCUUUUGCUUAAUAUCUCUCUAAAGAUCUGUAUAGGUGGAAAGAAAUAAAGGAGAGAGAACAGUUUACAAAUCAGUCUUAAAAUUAAAUGCAUUGAACUGAGUUGAUUGUAUUGGAAAAGAAAAAUUUAUUUAGAUCGGAACAAAAAAUGUAACCUUUAACAGGUAAUCAUAUGUUGGAAAAAUCUGAAAUAUGAAUUGUUGGUUGGGUUCUACUGGUUGAAAUAAUUCAGUUAAAUGUUUAUGACAGUAUUGAAAUGGAGUAGUUAAUUGCCUGGCUGUAGUGAGAGUGUAUAUACUUUUUUUCCUAUGGGAAUUUUUUUCUGUUGAUAGUGAUAACUUUAAACAGUUUCCUCCUGCUGUAUGAGGUCUAAGAACUGUCUGGAAUUAGUUUCUAAAUAUGAACUCUUCACUAACUUAGAAUAUGUUAAAUUAAGAGUUUAAACUAUUUGAGCAAUUCAAUUGCAUGGGGUAUACCGAAAGUAAUUUUUCAACAUACCUUAAUUUUUAAAGCUUUUGAGAAAUACUGAACAUUAAUUCUAUAAUUGCGGAAGAUGUAAUUUGAAUCUUGUUAUUAAAACCAGUUGGACAAUAAUAUCUGAAAGCAGUUUCAGUAUUUUAUCUUAAAUAGUAAAUACAAAAUUAAUUGUUGCCUAGAAAUUUGGAGGAAUCAGAAGAAUCUGAAGUAACUGUUAUGCGCGUAUACUAGACAACAAAUCUUACGGUACUGAUCUUCAUAGAUAAUGAUGGCAAACGGAAUGCAAUAGAGUUGCAAAGGUGUCUUCUGUAUGUUGUGAGCAUCCCAGGUGUUAGUGUAGUGUAUGUUGCUGUUUAACAUUUUUAUAACUUCUCAUUACUGACUGCCUCAGUGCUUUUUCUCCACACCCAGUUACUGUAUUUUGGUAGCUGGGGACAGGAUGAAGGAGGUUUGUAUUAACAGGGAGAGAAAGAUGCAGUUAAACCAAAUAAUCAUACAGCUUGUAAGCACUUGAGAGGGAAAAACAGGAAGCAUUAUAAACUUUGCCUCUCCUAGGGAUGUAAUAAUUUAAUAAAUUAUAGUGGUGGAAUGAGCUUUUAUGCCAUCCUUAAUACUUGCAAAACUGGAUGGAAAUAAAAUGGUUCCUGACUUCAUUCUUCUGUGCGCUGUUUUAUUGUAUUUGAAGUCUUAACUCUCAUGAUGUUUGUCAUGUUCACUGAAGUUCUGCCCCGGGGGGGCGGGGGAAGCAUGCUUUCAAAAACCAUAUUUGAAAACUUUUUGUAGUAUAUUCAAGUUUUCAAAACCAAUCUCAAAUAUGGGUUAAAUAGAUGAGGUAAACUGUGCUCUUAAUGACUUUGUGUUCAUCAAGUGUGCUAACCUUACAUGCCAGUUUGUAAUAACAAAUCAUCACAGAUAAACCAGUUUUAGUACUAGACUACUUCUAGUCGUGCUCCCAUUUCAAUGCCACUUCUGGAGAGUAAGGUUUAUUUUGAAUGAAAAUGCCAAACCCAAGUCUGAUCAACAUGGAAGUAGGAGAUGUCUCUGCAGUAGCAGUGCAAGAGGUGCAUGUUUAUUCACUGUACUGGUGGCAUUCCAAAGACCUUUGUAGUUAGAGCACUUUUCUCAGGGAACCAAAAUGUGAUGUAACUAUUACUUUGUAUGUAGUUCUAGAAAUGUUUAGUGUAAACUGAUUAGUUGUGCUUAUGUGCAGACCAGUGCUGUUGGAACAGUCUUUCAUAGCGUCUGUAUGUAGAUCUUCAAAACUCUACUUUCAACUGAUUUUGAGUUGUAUAAUAGUUCUGUAGGAAUUGACAUGGUUCACAGACAGAGCUAGUUCUGAUAGAUGUGACUAAACCAGAGUACACUGAUUUGCACCCCUGUGGCAAGCGUUUUGUUAAUAAUUGCAAUAGAUCUGUCAGGACUUCAUAACAACAUUGAAGAACACUUUGUGCCAGAAUUUGACACACAAGACUUGCAGUCUAGUAAUUUUUAAAAGAUUAAGCAAGCAUUUUCUUCAAAGCUUUUUUCCUAAAUUGGAAAGCUGUAUUGUAAAAGUUAAAUAAGCAACUAACUGACUUGGCCAAUCAACUUUUUAGCAGUGCAUCUGUCCUUUUCCGUAAUCAAAAAAACUGAUGGAGGUGAAUGAUCUUAAAUGUGCAUUUUGUGCUAGUUCUGUCAGAGUGAAAUAACAGAAGUAACCUGGGGAAAGGUACCUAAUUUCUAAAACGUGUAACCUCAAAGGAUUUGAGGAAACACUAAGAAAAGCCUAAGAAUAUAAAUACUGUUUUAUAGGUUAAAUGGGUUACAUAUUUUGGAGACUUUAAUACUUUUUCACUCUGCACCCCUUCAAGAGGGUUGGAUUUUUCAACUGCAUGUUUGGGUGUUUAUAAAACACCCAGACAAAAGCCAGAAAGUUUAAAGGCUAGAAUCUCUAGCCUUGCUUUCAGACCACAGUGUGCCUUUAUUAUCCAUUUUGUACCGUGAAACCCAAUCCUAGUGCUUGGAAUUGAGGGUGGAGACAAUUAUAACUCUGCAUUUCUUUAAUUCACUUCAGCCAUGACCUUAAUAUUAAAUAUUUCUUGAAAAUGAGGGAAUUUGCAGUGAAUCGAUAUACAAAUCCACUGUCAUAAACUUUAUACAAAUAAGUAUUGUUGGCAUCUCAUCUUUGUAUUAAACAGUCACUUCCAAUCAAAAAAAAGCUUUUCAACUUGUUUUGGUGUUGUACUGUGUUUCAAACUUUGUAUUGUGACCUUCCGUAUCAUGAACAUUUUUUGAAAAAUUAAAUUUUUUUGCAUUACAA